CGCCGUGAUGCAUGCUGGGCCGGGACAUCCCCCUUCCCGCGCCGCCGUGUGAGCCGCAGAGUCUGCGCUGCCGCCGCCAUGUUGCCAGCAGCCGCUACCGUCAGGCUCUAGCUUCGGUCCUCCUUUCCCCCUCCCUUCGCCUCUCCCUCCCUGAAGGAAAAAAACAAACAAAAAAACUCCGGAGCCAUUGGGAGGAGGAGGAGGCCGCCGCGGAGUGACCACAGCAGGGAGAGGCCCCGCCGCCUGAACCAUGUCCACCAAGGACGGUAAACACUCCACCACCGAGCGGGCGGUUAAAUCUGUCCCCUUCCCCCCAACACACCGAUUAACGUCCGAAGAAGUAUUUGAUAUUGAUGGAAAACCCAGAGUGGACGUUUUGAAGAACCACUUAAUAAAAGAAGGCCGGGUAGAUGAAGAAAUUGCACUUCGGAUAAUCAAUGAAGGUGCUGCAAUUUUAAGAAGAGAGAAGACAAUGAUAGAAGUUGAGGCGCCUAUAACAGUGUGCGGUGAUAUUCAUGGGCAGUUCUUUGACUUAAUGAAGUUGUUUGAGGUGGGAGGCUCACCCGCUAACACAAGAUACCUCUUCUUGGGCGACUAUGUAGACAGAGGAUAUUUUAGUAUAGAGUGUGUGUUAUAUUUAUGGGUUCUGAAGAUUCUGUACCCCAAUACACUCUUUCUUUUGAGAGGCAAUCAUGAAUGCAGGCACCUUACAGAAUAUUUCACUUUUAAACAAGAAUGUAAAAUAAAAUAUUCAGAAAGGGUUUAUGAAGCCUGUAUGGAAGCAUUUGAUUGUCUUCCCUUAGCUGCACUUUUAAACCAACAAUUUCUUUGUGUCCAUGGAGGACUGUCUCCAGAAAUACACACGUUAGAUGACAUUAAACGAUUAGACCGGUUCAAAGAACCUCCAGCUUUUGGCCCUAUGUGUGACUUGUUGUGGUCAGACCCUUCAGAAGAUUUUGGUAACGAGAAGUCACAAGAACACUUCAGUCAUAACACAGUCAGAGGAUGCUCUUACUUUUAUAGUUACCCAGCCGUUUGUGAGUUUUUGCUGACUAACAACCUGCUGUCAAUCAUCAGAGCGCACGAAGCACAAGAUGCUGGUUAUCGAAUGUACAGAAAAAGUCAGACUACGGGGUUUCCUUCUUUAAUAACGAUAUUCUCAGCUCCUAACUACUUAGAUGUCUAUAAUAAUAAAGCUGCUGUAUUAAAAUAUGAAAAUAAUGUGAUGAAUAUCCGACAGUUCAACUGCUCACCACACCCGUACUGGCUGCCGAACUUUAUGGAUGUCUUCACUUGGUCCUUGCCAUUUGUGGGUGAAAAAGUAACAGAGAUGCUUGUGAAUGUUCUGAGUAUUUGCUCAGAUGAUGAGUUAAUGACUGAAGGAGAAGACCAAUUUGACGAACGACUCAUAUAUGGCAAUAGAAAAGUAGGUACAGCUGCAGCGCGAAAAGAAAUCAUCAGGAACAAAAUCCGGGCAAUUGGAAAGAUGGCAAGAGUCUUCUCUGUGCUCAGGGAGGAAAGUGAAAGUGUUCUGACACUGAAGGGUUUAACCCCAACUGGAAUGCUGCCCAGCGGGGUGCUGGCUGGAGGACGGCAGACUUUACAAAGUGCCACAGUUGAGGCAAUUGAGGCUGAUAAAGCAAUACGAGGAUUCUCUCCACAACAUAAAAUCUGCAGCUUUGAAGAAGCAAAGGGAUUAGACAGGAUCAACGAAAGGAUGCCUCCCAGGAAAGAUGCCAGGCAGCAAGACGGUAUUAAUUCAGUAAACACAAAUGCCAAGGAAAAUAACGGGACUGGCAACAACAACGCCCAGUGACUGCUCCAUGUCCAGGUUUACUCACACCUUGCCUGAGAAGUCCUAGAUUCAUGCUUUGUGAUAGAACAGCUUCAAUAGCCACGGGGCACUAGAAGACCUCCUAAAAGGCCACUCAAAGUCCUGGGCAACGCAGCAGAUUCCUGUGUAAACUUCACUCCAAAUUAACAGAUCCGGACUCGUACACGGGCAAGUCCCGAACCUGCCUGCUGAUGGCCUUUGAAUCAUAGGAAAGCAUUGGGCUGUUUUUCAUGAAAGCACAUCUAGUGUAGCAUCUCGCGCUUAUCAUUGUCGACACUUACGUUUACAAAUGGAAAUCUGUUUUUGUUCGCUAGCUAGAUUUUUUUUUUUUCUUUUUCUUUUCAAUCAGUUUAAGUACAUCCCUUUAAGACCGCUAUUUAUUGAAAAAGACAUUUGUUUAUUAAAUGUCUUUAAGAGAUUAGACUCGUCUUACAUAUACCGAGGCUGCGGGAACGCGUUUUGCGAGCCCCCACAAAGCGCAAUGCCAAAAUAACCGUUGGCUCUCCUUGGCGUGCUGACCUCAGGUGUAUUCAUUAGAUGUCGCUGAUUAUGUAUUAUAUAUUCACUGUAUUUUUUAGUUUUAAGGAUUCCGGAAAGAUUUCUACAUAGGAACAUUUAUUACUUGAACACAGAUCAAACAGAUAUUUAAUUUCAAUACUUUGUGCCCAAAAUUUGUGGAGAUUUUUUUUAUUUUUUUUUUUAUCCCUUUUAAAAUAUAAAAGAAAAAAAGAUUUUCAAAAAGGAUUAAAAUAUAUAUUAAAAAAAAUCAUGAUUGUUCAUUCUAGGGUACUUUUAAUUGACAAUGUACAUUCUGUUAAAGUAAAUUUUAAUUCAUAUCAAGUCUGUAAAGCUUGGCAUUGUAUUUUUGUGUAUGCAUGUUUUCUUUUUUGCAGAUAUUUAAUAUAUAAACCUAUGAUGUACAGGAACUGCAUCUAUAGGUUACAUAGAUGUUAUUAAUACUUUUUAGUUUAUUGUGAGUAUUAAAGUUGCUUCUCUGGCUGAUCACAAGACCGCGUAGCUGCAGGGUUCCUACUCCACUUAUUUCUGCACAGACUUUGCGGAGCCUUUGCCGAACAUAAGGAAGUUGCUCUGCCCAACCGUUACAGCAUUAGUGACUGUAAAUCCAAGACUGCAUGUUCAUUUCUUUUGAUAUUUGCUGGACUUGCUAUGUUUUGAACUCCAACAAUUUACAACUUUGUUCCACAAAUGAAAUGUACUGAUUUCCAUUGUAUUUUUUGGUAUAUAUUUUGACAUUUUACCUUUUCAUCUUUGCGGCAUCACUUGAAUCAUGAAUCCAUUAAGGUUACCCGCCCCUCCCCUCUCAUUACCAUACUCUACAAAUUGUACAUAUUCCUCAUCCAGGUCGGAAUUUUAUGCAUGUUCUGAAUUAUCUAAGAGUUUUAUAAACCGUAGCACACAAUACAUUUUUGUGCAUGGGCCGCUGCUCUGAACAGUGUGUCAAUUUUUGUAUGUUCCUGCCCUUUUGCUUUUUAAUAUAAGAUUCUAGAAUAAAUUAAAAAAAAAAAAAAAUAAAAGAAUUUCCCUAAUGGCUAAAAAAAAAGAAA